AUGAAUCAGAAGGUUUGGGGGGGUUUCUUGGUUUUCUGGGGUUGGGUUGGGGUUUUUUUGGUGAGGAUAAGUGUUGCGGGGGAAGACGCUGUCUGCAGCCGUACCUCUCCACUGCGAAGCACUGGAGCAGUCUUUCCCUCCAAGAACAUUGCCGGCAAACUUGGAGAGGCCGAGGGGGUCUUUUACCGUUCGAGUAAAGCUCCUGACCGCUGCGGGGGUCAGUGGGGAGCCCUUCCCCCUCCUCCCGGACCCGACGACGUACAGCCGAGGCGUCCCUCUCCCGCCUUGGGAAUGUUCUCUUCGGCCUCAGCUUUCGAAGCACUGGAGCAGUCUUUCCCUCCAAGAACAUUGCCGGCAAACUUGGAGAGGCCGAGGGGGUCUUUUACCGUUCGAGUAAAGCUCCUGACCGCUGCGGGGGUCAGUGGGGAGCCCUUCCCCCUCCUCCCGGACCCGACGACGUACAGCCGAGGCGUCCCUCUCCCGCCUUGGGAAUGUUCUCUUCGGCCUCAGCUUUCACGGAACCCAGCUGCAAAAGGGGGACCGGCCGGGCUGCGGCUGCCCGUUCGCAAAGAUGCGGAGAGGUUUAACAGACGGAUCUCUCUACUGGUUGGAUUCAUCAGUGUAAAUAAUUAUCCGUGGACGGAUAACAGUGCAUACAGCUACUUUCAGAUAGUCACCAUGUGCGACUUGGUUAUGAUUUUAUUCUUCUACAUUAUCCACAUUUUCAGAAUCUACAGGAAGCUCACUUGCGUUAGCUGGCCACUGGCGGAGUUUCUUCAUUAUUUAAUUGGUACAAUUCUGCUUCUUAUUGCAUCGAUUGUAGCAGCAUCCAAGAGUUACAAUUUGAGUGGACUUGUGGUUGGAGCGACUUUCGGGUUCCUAGCUACGAUCCUUUGUGUUUUAAGCAUAUGGUCAUCCUACAAGGUUUCGUGCAUCACGCAGUCAACAAGUAAGUAUCAUGCUUAG